AUGGCUAUUCCUCAGCUGGGAUACGGGGAUGUGGUCACUGCCGUCAAGGGCUCUGCUCUGAGCGGUCUGCCGGCUGUGUUGGUGGAGAGACAGGCGACGAUGCUGACCUCUCCCGGAGCUUCUCUCAGCCUUGGAAUACCCCCACCUCUCCAUGCUCUCCUAGCCCGGUAUCCAGGUACAUAUCCGAUUCCACAAGGAUACAGCCUCCAGCCUUAUCCCGAUCUCAGGCACCUGUCCCACCUGGGGUCUGCCUAUGAUCUGAAGGCUGGAUGUCUUUACUCCCAAGCGGGUUACUCGCCAGGCGGCGCCCUUUACUCGCCCUACCGCCCCAUACCCCACGGGGAUCCGGGCCGAGCCAAGAAUGCCACCCGGGAGAGCACCAGCACCCUGAAGGCCUGGCUGAAUGAACACUUGAAGAACCCUUACCCAACAAAAGGCGAGAAGAUCAUGUUGGCGAUUGUGACCAAGAUGACCCUGACUCAGGUCUCCACCUGGUUUGCCAACGCCAGGAGGCGGCUAAAGAAAGAAAAUAAGAUGACCUGGGUCCCCAAGACGAAAUCGGACGAGGAGGAAAGCGAAAGCGACGAGGAGGAAGGCAGGAAGGAGGUGGUGGAAGGGUUGCAGGAGAAGGAGCAGCAGAAGCCGAGUGGGCACCAAUUCGAUGGACAUGGAGCUAGAGCUGGCACUGACUGUGAACGGGGCAACGAUGUGAGGACAGGCUCGGAAGGGAGUGAGAGAGAAACCCCAGAAAGGGGAGCGUCUGAGGAUCAGGGCGCCGUGAACAAAGCAAGCAGCCCGGAGAGGAAGGACAGCACCGCGCCAGCGCUCAAACCCAAGAUCUGGUCCCUGGCUGAAACGGCGACCUCCGAGCACGGGAGGAGCAGCCGCGGCCAGGCGGGCACCGUCACUCACUACCAGCUCUGGGCAGGGAGCUGCUUCACAGACGGACAGCUUGUGUUCAACAGCCAUUCCAGAGUGGAGCCCAAAAAGAGAGACAUUGCAGGUAUUGACCAAUGA